AUGGAUGUGCUCAUUCCUGGUGGCCGUGUUCGUGCUGGAAUGCACGGAUCCUUACAUCCGAUAUAUGGUAAGACGCACAAAUAUCUCUUCCCUCCGUCAGCCAAUUGGUAUUGCUCAAAGAUCUGCGAUUGGGGACAAAGUGACGUGUUUGGGGUGCUGUUUGCCUUUGGAGCUAAGAACAGCGUCUUUAUCUAUCAGGUGAUUGAAAAUCAAGAAGUUCAUGAAGCUGCUGCUGUCUCUGGAUCGAGAGUGAAGGUCUCGUUCUUUGCACAAGUUGUGCGUGGAAAACGCGACCGUCGUGUGACUGCGAUACAGUUUUUAAUGGACACGACGGGGAUGUUGCGUCUGAUUUGUGGUGGUGAGGAAGGAAGCGUGCAGAUUUGGGAUGUGACGUCGUUGACAAUGAUUGAGCAGCAUCGAAAGCAUAAGGUGGAGGUGACAGCUGUGACGGCGUCUGCCAUGUUGGAUGCCAACUUUGUAGUAACAGGAGACCGACAAGGACAGAUUAGUGCGUGGGAACGUGAUGUAGGAAAAGUUUCUGUCUUCAUGCCAAUUUCAGGCGACGGGAUUCAUUCAAUGGCUAUCUCACCAUACGACAAAGCUUUGAUAGCUGUAGGAUUCCGCAGUGGAGUACUAUGUUUGGUGGAUGCUACAAAAGGGACCGUGCGUCACCGCCUUGCUGGUCAUGACCAGGAAGUUCAAUGUGUCGCGUGGAAGUUGACAGUCAGAAAUCGUUUUGCAGGAGAGCGUUUGAUUAAUUCUCCUGACCAAGAAGUCUGGCUGGCCUCAUCUUCUCGUGAUAAAACGAUCAAAGUCUGGAAAGUCUCUAUGAGCGGCGCGAAAGAUCCUGAGUUGGACCAGGUGCUGCGACUUCCAACGGGAAAGCAAGGCAUGUCAUAUACCCAGGCCAAGCAGCUGUGGCUUCCUAUAGCCUGGAGCUUGAACAGCCUCCAAAAAACAGUGGACAAACAUAGUCUUUGGUCAGGGUCGUUCGAUGGCAGUUUAUUGCGCUGGGAAUGGAAUGUAGCCACGAUGGACGCUCAGAGAAAAGAAGGAAAGAAUCGUCGUACAACAUGCAAACCUGUUGUUGUCAAAGGUGGCCAUAGUCGAAUGCUUUUUUGCAUUGCGAUGGUACCUCCUCGGGGCUCUGGAACGGAUGCAAACGAAGCCGUGUCUAUGCUAACGGUUUCUCUUGAUCGGGAACUAAGGCUUUGGAAGGAAAAUUUGUCUUCAAAACCCUCAGCAGCAACUUGUGUGGAGAAGCUGAGUGGAUUGGGCGGGCAUGUUUACAGCGUAUCCUAUAAUGCAGCAACAGGCCUCGUAGCUGCUGGAAUUGGGGACCAGACAAUUCGGCUUUGGCAACUAGGCAUGAAUGCUUCAUGUGUAACAAGCGCCUAUCAGUGCGAUCUGUUGUGGAAGGGGUUACAGAGCAAGAUCACUUGCGUUCAGUGGCAUCCAUUUCGUCAGUCAUUGUUAGCUUACGGUAUGGAAGAUGGGCGCAUUGGGGUAUACGAUGUCCAAACGAAGACAUACACCCAUUUUCGCACUAGUCACGAUGAAGAGGUGCAACAGCUUCGAUGGAUUGUUCGAAAGCCGAAGAACGCUGACGGUAGUGACAAAGGAGACAACUCUUUUCUUGCGAUUAUUAAGCAAUUAGAAGCUGCACAGGCUAAGGGUCAGUGUCUUGAAAGCGCAUUGGUUGCUCAAGAAAACCAGACGAGACGUUGCGACGAAGAUGAUCUGAAGGUCUUCUUGUGGAGCUGCGACACUGGCGGUGCUCUUUUGGAAUCAAACGCUGAUGUGGUUGACCAGAAAUCUCGUAAUAUCACGCUACAUAAUGUCGCGUUUGAGUGGGACGAGCAAUGUGAGCUGGUCGCUAUCGGGCGCGCUAAUGGUAUCGUGGAAGUAAUGAGAUGGGAGGAGGGUGCUUACGAUAAUAGCACAGUAGUACAUCGCUUCCACGAGCAUUUGACGUCCGUAACAUGUCUAGCGUGGGGCAAAGGUACUGAUGCAAGCUUACUGGCUUCCGGAGGUCAAGAUGGAAAAAUAUUCAUCUACAGCUGUAAAAUGGCUACUACUUGUACAACGCAAGCAACUGCAAUCAAAGUAGGCGAAGUGGUUCAAGAACGUCGUCUUCUCGGAAGCUUAGCAGGUCACUCAAACAAGAUUUUAGCCUUACGAUGGUGGAGCUCCGACGAAUCCCAGUCCUUUCUCGCCUCAAGUUCUGCUGAUGGAACUGUUCAAGUUUGGAAUUUGGCAUCCUUUCAGAGGGAAGCGUAUUUCAAUUAUCAUGUUGGCCGUGUCCUGUCGCUUGACUGGGUACUACCGUACACGCUUGUUACUGGCGGCGAAGACCAAACGCUGCGUUUCUGGGAUUUCAAAGAGCAGCAGAAAGAGGCUUUGCCCAGAUUGAAGAAACAUGGCAAGGUGAAACAACCGCAUGAAGUUGACACACUAUCAACUUCACCACUCGCGGAUCAUACUUCUGUGGAGAUCCAAAGCGGAGACACAACCAGCUCGAAAGCCUCGCAAGAAUUGCUUUUAACAGGCAACUGCAACGCCAAGCUUGUGGCUAACAAGGCGCCUAAGAAGAAGCGUAUGCUUCUUUUUCAUUCCAAAACGAAGCUCACACCAACAGAAAUUGCUUCGGCUUGCUGCAGUGUAGCCGGUGUGAAAUCGAAAGCGUCUGGCACAAUGCCUGCAAAGGAUGCUGAUGAGCCGAUAGGCAACCUUCUUGCUCAUACCGAUCGUGCAUCCCUUCGGGGAUUCUUUACUUCCGAAUGUCAUCGCUUUCAGGAAAAACGGGAAUGGGAGAGUCUGGCCAAUACUUUGCUAAUUCAGGGCAAUAUCACUGAAGCCUUACGAAUCGUAGCGAGGGAAGGAGCUUUGACACCAACGUGGCUUUCGUACGCUCCAGUGGCCGGCAUGAAUGUAUGGCGAGAGAUGACAAACUUGUACGCCCACCAAGUCGAUGCCCAGGGCGACAAAAUAGCGGCAGCAUUUCAUUUCCUCAGCAUCGCGAAAGUUCGUUCUGCAGUUGCUUGUUUGGUGAGUGCUGAUGCUUACAAGGAGGCUCUAGCGCUCAUUCGAUCGAGGUUGGGACCCUGCGAUCCUCUCCUCCACGACACGUUGUGGAAAUACGCUGACUUUCUUGGAGUGCGUGGUUGUCACGGAGAAGCAGCAUUAGCCCUUCUGAAUAUUGGUUCCGUCAAGGCGAAAACACGUGCAGUUCAUACGCUUGUGAGCACAGGUGACAUGAUCUAUGUGGAAUCUGCCCUAGAUGUGCUGCUGGCUGCACUGGAAUCCCAGGAAAAGGUUGCAGAAGAGUAUGAAGCCGACCAUCAAAAUGAUGUCGAAAAACUCUCAUUUCCUGCAAGCUUUUUCAUUUCGAUUGCAAGCCAAGCUCUUGUAAAAGCGCGUCUUGAUAUUGCUGAAACUGCGGGAUACUUGCUUCAAUCUUGUCUAGCUGGAGCCUCGUCUUCAGCAUCGCAUCGUUUGACAUGGUGCCUUCUUGGUAUGUUAAAAUCGUUGGAUGAGCAUCAACUAGCCCACUACGUAAUCAAUGAAGCUGACGACGAAGUUGUGGCUGAAAGAGUUGACAUUCUGCUCCAGUCUGACUCACCAGAAAGUGUUCGCGAGUUUUUCGAGUUCUUGACACAGCCACGAGUGAACGAGAACGAUGGUGAUGGUGAUGGUGAUGGCGGCGAUCGUCUUUACGACCUCAUUGUUGAAGAAUACGCUUUUUCAAAUCUUGAAAAGGGGAAGCAAUGUAAGCAGUGGCUUCUGGAUCGUGCCGAUCACUUCUGGUAUCAAGUAUUGAGUGUUUGUCGGAGAUGUGGGUACUGGUUCGAUACCGAGGGAGAUGUUCAUAUUCAGGAGGCACAAGAUGUUUUGCUUGAAGCAAGCUGCUUCAGCGAAAUUGAAAAGGCUGCGGCAAUAUCUGCACGUGAAGCGCAGGAUGACUCAACUAUCUCGUCGUUGUUGCAAGUCGGUCAGAAGUUGUUACGAUUUGUGAUGGACGUAAUGAGCACGAGUUUCAUUGGCGCUCUGGAGCACAUGCGGGAGAUUUUCCUGCUUCUAGCGCAAGACAAGAUCGUGACUAGUACUCGUGACACGAAUGCCAUAUCCUUGAUUUCUCAAAGGGCUUCAUAUCCGAUCGCUAGCGCUGAGUGCCUGGAUAUGAUGUUGUUAUUGUACCCGGGCAGUUUUGCGUCCCCGGAAAAGCUGCCACAGUGUGGUGAGCUUGCAGAGGAGCAACUUGAUACACUCGUGCUGUGGAGUUCAGUUUUGCUGUCACAAUGCAAACUUUUCGUAGCAUCAUUGACACCGAUUGCUAAGAAAAACAAACGGACCGACGUGGAGUCUCUGAUUCAAUCAUUGCUGCACCGUCUUCGCUUUUGGUUUCUACAUGACAAAGUCACAACUCUUUUCAGUCAAAGUUUGAUGAAUGCUGGGAUUCAAUUGCAGCUACGAAUGGUUCUGAAUGAAGUGCUUGUGGCAAUAUUUAGACCUACCACCUCGCAGGAGGAAGACGGAAGGUGUGACGCCGAUGGACGACAAGCCGAGCAGAAAGAAGCAGCUAGCGAGUAUAUGUCGAAGAAGCAGGCUCUUAUAGAUGACGUAGAGGAUAUCCGAUCACGUCUUACGUGGAGUGAUGGGUGGCAAAAUGCAAGACUAGCAAAGCAUCCUUAG